ACUCCCGACUUGUGCCUUGUAGAUGGUGGACAGGCUUUGGGGAGUCAGAAGAAAUCUUUACAUCAAUAACGAAAAUUAACAAAAUUAUGCAGGGCCACAAGGUGGAAAACAUUGACUGCUUCCAUUUUCAGUAUAAUCACUGCACCAAUAGACAAUGCAAUUUUCAACAUCGAGCAAGCUGCAAGGAUUCAUCAGAAACCUGCCUGGAUUGGUUUCGGCACAGGAAAUGCAGAAACCUUAAGUGUUCCCGGAAACAUUUAAGCCAUGAGGUAAUGGUGGCAUAUUUCCUGUGUAAGGCAGAGAAAACCAGAAAUCAGUGUACACAACUAAACUGCCCCAUGUACCAUGAAAAAGCCCGUCAGUUCAUUGAAUAUGGCAUUGUUUCACCAAACUCAGUUCCGAUGGUACCUACAGUCAAAAGAAAAAAAAUGGUGGACUUGGUACGACAUGAAAACCCUCGGCUCCAAAACUUUGUCAAGAGUGGAUAUCAGUUUUUGAACAAAGUUCGUUCGUUCAUUGUAAACGCUGUGAAAAAGGGAAAGCUUACCCAAGAUAGAGGAGGAGCCUACUUCAAAGAGAUAUUACACACAGUAUUAUUUUUUGGCGGCAUUAAUGAUCCUAUUAUUGAACCCAAAUUAUUUUUUGGAGAAAAGGAAGAAUUUGAACGAUUAUCUGCCAAGUAUCCCGAUGUCUUUCAGAAAUACAACACUCACCUCCCAACACGUCCCCCUUACACAGUGCUACUUAAUGCGGUUGUUGAAAUCAUGGGAACAAGAAAUACCGAUGAAGUUUUGGAGUGCCUGUUGAAUCUGAGUGAACAAAUGGUUCUGGAACCUACUAAUGCUGAAAGCAGCAAAUGUGGAAACGUCUUUGUUUCAACAGUCAUCAGCUACUGCCAUUUUUACAAUCUUCAUAUCACAAAUGAGAAAACAGACGAUUAUUUUGGUGCUUCAGUGUCAUGUAAAGGAAGGCAGCAAACAGAAAUUAUGAUCGAUAUAUUGUGCUAUCAAACAUGGCACAAGGCCAUUAGCCUAGCAGUAUGUGUUGGCAACUGGUAUAAAAAUCAAACUCUUUGGUUCCCUCCUAAUGUGCACUCCAUAGCUCACAAAAUAGUUUACAAAGAAGGAAGCCCUUCUGAACCAGGCAUCACAUCAAACAAUCAGGAUGAGCACACUGUAGCUGGGUCAGGAGGUGGCCAGAAGACCAGUGGUCUGGAAAAUAGUACAACUCUUAGGCAACAUGCAUGCUUAGCACCAAGACAACCUUGUGAGAGAUGCAUCACCAUGUUCCCAAACCUAAUGUAUCAUCCAAGUCCAGAGUACCAUGAGCAUCCAUAUUGGGAAUAUGGGAACUGUGCUGAGUGUGAAUCGUUAAGCCAGCUUCUGUAUGGAAACCCACAAAUUGCAAUGAGGCUCGGGGUUUCUGUACAAGCAACAAUUCUGCAAUUUCAAACCGAACAAAUUGUUCUACCCGAAGGUCUGAUUUAUAGAAAACUGAGAAGGCUUACAGAAAAUCUCAGAUCUGUAGGGUUUAAUAUGGGUGAUAAAUUAUUAUUUUAUGAUCCAUCUGACAUAGUCAGUACUGCACUGGAGAGAUAUCAACACUGAAAGCACAUUUUCAAAUUGGCUUGCUUUUGUAAUUUAAUGAAUUUUUGUACAAUUGCUUAUGGUAGAGAAAUUGGCCUUUUAAAUUUUAAAUACAGGAACCCCCCUCCUGCAGAAAGCAAUACUGGGUGCUGAGGCACCCCUUGCACCCAGCAUUGCUCAGAAGCAAAUGGCAGGAAAAAUUUUGUAUAGCCUAUUUCCCUCAUUUGCAUGGGAUCAUACUAUGCCUGUCCUCAAAAAUAUCCUAAAGAGCAGCAAAAGGAGUGAGGACUGGUAUUUUGGCUCCCCCUCUCAAAAUUAGGGUCUUUUUGCAUUGAAUUGGCAGGUAAAUUUUAAGCCCAGCUUUCUAGAAUUUCAGGUUUCUUAUUGCUCAAACAAAACUAAAAUGUUUGGUGGCAGCUUAACAAUGAAAUGCUUAAAAUAUGGGUGUGAAUAUCUGCUAGCUUCCAAAUUGAAUUCCAAAUCUCCAUUCCUUCAUUGAGCUUUCCAUCCAUUAGCUCAACUCUAGCAGAGCUUUGCAUAGUUUAAUUUUCGAAGAGCGCUUAAUUUUAAAUAAUCCAUUUUUUUUUAAGUAGAGUUUCACUGUUUGUAAUUAAUUUUAACACCAUCACAGUGAUAGAUUGGCAGUCAACCACAACUAACAGAUAUUGGGUUGAUUUUGCUGGUAGGUUACCAGGAAAUUAUUGUCUGCCUUGCAGACUGUUGCUGGGGAAGAUGAGGAACUACAAAGGAGUAGUGUUGUUAACAAGGAGGAACUAGGGGAAGAUAACUAGAUCCAAGCUUAGAAUAACUAAUUGGAAGGUGGUUAUUAGAGAACAAUGUGCUUAAGGAGUUAAGUCAUGUCUGAAGCAAACCACGCUGUGUGGAAAUUGAUGAUUUUUGAACCUCUGAGACCAUGAAACUGCCAUGCCAAGAAGGACAAUAUAAGGACUAUGAUAAGGGACACUGGUCACUGAUAAUACAUCUUCUGUGCCAUUUGCAGUGCACCUUCCUUUCAUAUGUGACUUUUACAGUCUAGCUGCUACAAGUAUCACUGGGUCUUCAUUCCUAUUUAAUAGGACCCCUAUCAAAAUAGAGAUACACCUUCAGCACCUCUUUAUCCUUUUGUCUGUGACAUCUUUUGGUUAUAUCCACCUAUCACUGGUCCUCUAUCCAGCUCUACACCACCACCUCCCCCCUUAAACCAGCUUAUAUUUCACCUCUUUUCUA